AUGAUAUGGUUUCAAAUCAGUUCUGGCUCCAAGGUGAAUCUGACAUCAGGACUUGAACUGGAUACGGCCGUUUGCCAGCCUCUUGGAGGUCCUCCAGAGUCGCUGACGCUCUAUGCGACUGUCUCGCAGGCGGGCCCGGCUCGCGUCUCUCUAGCCAGCUCGUCUUCUCUAUGGCCUGUGCGCGGCUUCCGGUGGCGGGACGCGGGGCCGCGCACGCGGGAAGAGCUUCCCCGGUGUCCCCCCCAUCCCCCGCCCCGCGCCCCCCCGCAUCCCCCCAGAGAGCCCACCUCCCGCGCCGGGGCCCUCGCGAGGCUGCAGCCUGAGGAGGUAGGUAGUGGUCGUCCCCCGGUCCCUGGAAGGCAGGGGCCCCGCUCCCCCACGGGACGCUCGACAUGGACCAUUCCGCGUUCGAAACCGCGGGGAGCUGGCGAAUCCAUUCUGUGGGGCGGGGGUGAACCGUGGGUCUGGGGCCGCGGGGUGGUGGGAGCGGUGCGAGGGAAACCCUGCACUCUGAGCUGGAUUGGGGCGCGUGCGAGGUGCGGACUCCGGGCAGACCCUGGGGUUCCGCUGCUCGUUGCCAUGGCUCCCGCCGGAGCGGCCAGAGCGGGCGUCGGGUUGGGUGUCAGCGGUAUUCCAGGCCCGGUUCUCCACCCGGGCCUGGGCCUGGACCCUCGGGCACUGCAGCGUCCGUCUGUAGAUUUCCAGGCAGAGGAAAUCCUGAGACAUCCAGGCGCAGUUGGGAGUUGCUACCUGGCUCCAUCCGUGAGCACAGCGAGGUGCUGCCUUUCAUGCUUAUCUGUCUUCCUCUUGAAUUCAGAUUCCCAACCUGCUGAGCAUCCGCACACUCACUGA